AUGGAUUGGAAUGGUAUCGCGGGGAACAAGGAAGUGGAUCGGCUGGCGAGAGAAGACACUGAGACCGGCAAUUUGAUUCAAAUUGUUCCUUGGUUUGCUGAAGUAUUUGUUCAAGAUCAGAGAUAUGUGCCACGAUACGUGGUAAUGAUGUAUUUAAGUGCCCUGUUGAGCGUGUUAACCGCUUUCAUUGGAUUUGUAGGUAUUUACUUAAUGCAUAAUGAUCUAUACGAAUCUGGUCAAUAUAUUAUAAAGCCACUCAUAAAUAAAAUUGACCAAGUCACCAUCAAGUUAAAUAUUAUGAAAUGGUAUUUGCUAAAUGCAUACAGACAUGCAAAGAAUAUUACUAGCACAUCUGAACUAAUUCCAAAACCCUUAUUUGAGACCAUAAGGUUUUUAGUAAAAAGACACGAUAAAAAUUACUUUACUAAACCAAUGAAGGAAUUAAAGGCUGCAAAGGAUUAUUUUCAGGGUGCACUAAAAAAAGAGCGUACUUACUUUAUCCUAGAAAAUGUACUGUGGCUCUGUGCAAUACCUUUACCAAUAAUACUGAUGAUCCUCAUGAAGAAAUACACAUAUAUACGCAUAAAGGCGGUAAACUACAUUUGUCCAGCUAUGUUAGUGUCAAUGCUAUUUACGAUGAUAGUGUGCUCGAUUUUACACUACUACGGCAUCCAACUCGCAGAUUUUUGUCAUAACGCCACCAUCAACUUAGUGAAGCACAACCCCAUUUCGAAAAUUAAUAAUCAUACCGCCUAUUAUUAUUUAACUUGUACAAACGAGUCGGCGGCGAUAAAUCUUGCUGAGGCCCCGGUAACGAGACUUAUGCUUGAAAAUAUCAGUUUCUACAUCGCGAAUUACACUGACUUGAAACUUAAUAAUCAAAAUGCUUACAAUUUCCACCAUCUGCAACGUAGCGUAGAUAGGUUUAUGGAGCUCUCUGAUUAUUUCAAGAGUUGUAGAGAUUCAAAAAACUAUUACCAGGAAUUAAGAGUAGUUAUAUGUGAGAAUUCAUUACAGGGACUUCUGUUGCAGGCGUCUGUAGCCGGGCCGUGGAAUGGAUUUUUUCUCACGCUAACAUUAAUAGCACUGUGCCGCGUGAGAGCAUGGCAGAGGGCCUUGUUAUGCUUAAAAAUCUUGGGAAAUCCGUUUUUCGAAAGCAAAGUCUAUCACAAAGAUUGUUUGGACGCAAUAGAGGCUCAUUGCUAUGAUAGUCAACCUCAAAGGGAGGAUGGGGUAUUGAAUCUUGAAUCGGGCGUCAGUCAGUGCGUCAGUCAGUCAGUCGGUGGCAGGGGGAGUUGCUUAUCGAUCUAUCGUGAGCGACUCCUUGUGGUGUCGGCCUGGCGGGUGGUGGAAGAGGUGGUCAUGCUAUCUGACCACCACCACAUCGUACUUGAUGUGGUAUUCCGUCGUCCUGCCAGUUCCCGUCGCCAACGCGGCGGCCCACCGCUACGAUGGUCCCUCAAGCGGCUCGACAGAGAUCUGCCGCCGCGUCGUGGGUGGGUGAUUCCGACUUUGAGAUCUCGCACGUUCCGGAAAGGAAAGCGAUGCGGCUCGAGGCCAUGA